CGGAGGCGCAGCGUCCUCUCAGGAUCUCUGCUCCGGCCGUGGCCGCAGUCAGUGUGUCUCGAGCGGUGGCGAGAGGUGGCGAGCCAGCAUCACCAGGGAUUACGUCCACCAUGGACCUUCACCGGCAUCUCAGGUCACUGGCGCUUUUGAUCUUCGUGCUGGCCACAUAUUUCAGUGCGUCGCAGGCUAGACACCACAAAAUAAGGCACGCUCGACACAAGAAAAUGGUCAACAACACCGAAUUCGUUCCUGUAAAUUAUGUGGUGCUGGACGAGCGACCCGACUUGGGGCCGUGGAGCGAGUGGUCAGCACCCAGCUCGUGUUCUCGCUCGUGUGGAGGCGGAGUCGCCUUCCAGAGCAGAGAGUGCCCGCCAGGAUCUACGUGUCAAGGGCCGGCCAAACGCUACUUCUCCUGCAACACAAUGCAUUGUCCGCCGGGCUCGAAGGACUUCAGGUCGGAGCAGUGCUCUAAGUUCGACACCCAGGACUUUGAAGGAAAUUUAUAUGAGUGGAUUCCAUACACCAAAGGGGCGAAUAAUUGCGAGCUCAACUGCAUGCCCAGGGGAGAGCGCUUUUUUAACGGAUUUGCGAAAAAAGUCGUCGACGGCACGAGGUGCAAUGAUGAGACGCUCGACGUGUGUGUUGAAGGCACAUGCAUGCCCGUCGGCUGCGACUUGUUUCUUGGAUCUUCUUUGCGUGAGGACAAGUGCAGAGACUGCGGCGGCAACAACUCGGGCUGCAUCACCGUCAGCAAGAUCAUUUCCUUUGAAACCGACUUGAGUGAUGCUCAACCUGGCUACAACGACCUUCUUCUAAUACCCGCUGGGGCAACAAAUAUCUUUGUUAGGGAGCUAAAUCACGCCAACAAUUAUCUUGCAAUUAGGAAUGAAAACAAUACUUACUACCUGAAUGGAAACUUCAAUAUUAACUACCCCAAGGAUUUCCAUUUUGCUGGAACUGUUUUCCAUUAUGAGCGCCAACCGAACAGCUUCUUGCUUGGUUCUGAAGUUAUUCGAGCAUUAGGACCAACAAACGAGUCACUUUAUAUCGCACUACUGUACCAAGAAAAGGGAGAGGGCAUUGAAUACGAGUAUAGUUUCUCCAAGGAAGUGCAGUCAGGCGAUCCGGACAGCUACUAUUGGGUUACGCACGAUUUCUCGGAGUGUAGCGCCCCGUGCGGAGGAGGUAGUCAAAACCGCACGCUGGGUUGUGCUAAGAAGAGCGACAACUCGGCCGUGAGCCUGCGACUAUGCGACCCAGUCAAACGGCCCGCUACAACACAAGGGUGCAACGAGGAGCCCUGCGAUCCCGAGUGGUUCAUCAGCCCCUGGGGCAACUGCACGCAGCCAUGCAAGGGUGGAAAUCAAUUCAGGCAGGUUUACUGCCAGCAGAUAAUUAGCAACGCCAGGCCGACGGUGAUCGAGGAUGACGUGUGCGUCAAAAAGCUUGGCGAGAAACCCAGCGCUACCCAACCGUGCAACGAAGAGGGAAUUUGCCCCCAGUGGCACCUUGAUCCUUGGACGCCGUGCGACAAACUCUGCGGAAAAGGCAAGCAGUACAGAAAAGUGACGUGCUACAAAGUUAUCGAGGGAAAGAUUGUGGUCCAAGAAGACUCUGUGUGCCACGAGGAGCGCCCACCAUCCGAGCAGGUUUGUAACAACCAACCCUGUGACGGAGUGGACUGGAUGGUGUCCGAGUGGUCCACGUGCGAGGAUAAGUGUGGACUGUCCAAAAAAACAAGAACGGUGGUUUGCGCCUCCCUAAAGGGUGAAAUUUAUCCUGAGGAAAGCUGCAACCUGGAAAACAAGCCGUCCGAGAUGGAAAAUUGCAGCGUGACCGUGUGCACCAAUCAGUGGUAUGCGGCACAAUGGAGUUCCUGCUCUGCUGACUGCGGCAAAGGAGUGCGUACCAGGGAAGUCUUCUGCGGCCAAAUAGUAAAUGAAGGUAUUUCCAAAGUGUCUGAUGAACUGUGCGACGCCAAAUUGAAAUAUUCCGAGGAGGAAGCGUGCGAGGGGACAACAAAGUGCGAAGGACUCUGGUUCGCAGGACCAUGGAGCCAGUGCAAAAAAUGCAGUGAUGUACAGAAAAGAGAGGUCAUUUGCUUUGUCAACGGGUUCGCGGGUGACCCAAGCAAAUGUGACCCCAGCGCAUUGUCUCCCAAAACUCAGGACUGCACUGAGCCUUGUGGAAAAGAUGAUGACGACUUAAUCACACCUGUCGACAUUACUGAGCCAUCUACUCCAACCGAGGAGGACGAUCCUGACUGCAUAGACUCUGAGGAAGAAGUUGGCAUCUAUGAAUUGCCACCUCUGCCUAAAGAUAAUGAUUAUGAAGAAGAUGACUACAAGGAUGGCGACGAAGUAACGGAAACAACAGUAAUUCCAACGGAAUCCGAGCCUACAGAAGGCUCCGGCCUCACCACACUCGAUUCUGUGACCGAGUCAACAUCCGGGUUUACAUCCAGCACAGGCUUUGAAACGUCGUCGUCAUUUGGUCUAGACGCUAGCAAAUCGACCCAAGAUUCGGAGUACAUAGAUGUUUCAACUGAGAGGAUCACACCAACCUACACAGAAGAGUCAAGUGCUGCUUCUUCAAGCGAAUCUGGCUUUGGAACUGCUGAAACAAUAUCCAGCAGCGAAGAUUCUGCGUCAGAGUAUUUUGCUUCAACAGUGACGCCUCAAGAGGGUACCAGCUCAGUUGCUACAGAGGAAACCAAAUCCAGCUCGGAAGACCAUGAAAUCACCGUGGAGACGACUGAAUCUACAGCUAUCAGCAGUGAAGCUACCACAGCAAUGAGUGAAACAACAUCAUCCUCAAUGGUAGACCCAACAACAACCCAGAAGAUAAAGCCCAAAAAUAAGUGUGGAAAUGAAUCCGAUUAUGAUGAACCGGUUGUUGAAGGAGAACGUGUGAAGGAUGACUGCAAGGAUCAAACUGAUAAAGUUGCCAUGUCAACUAGUACCAAUCCACCUUCAAGUUCAAAAACAGAAAUAUUUUUAUCCACUGAGUCUCCUACUGCGUCUCCCUCUGAAUCUUCUACUGCGUCUCCCAUUGGGUCUUCCACUGAUUCUUCUACUCCCAUUGGGUCAUCUACUGCGUCCCAAACCGAAACUGAAGAGGGAUCUGGUACCGGUUCAACUGAUUACUCAUCGAAAUCCACUUUCUUCACUGAAGAGACUGAUCUGUACACCGAAGGGUCUGGAGAUUUGCCCACUGUGCCUGAUUUUACCAAGAUAAUGAUAUCAGACGAACCCACCUUUACAUCAGACGGUGAAUUCACCACUUUCAUGGAUGCAUUUUCGACCAAGGGCGAAUUCAUCUCGCCGAAACCUAAAAUGUGCAAGAAGCGCAAGCCAAAGUGCUCUACCACUAAGUACGGCUGCUGCAUUGACGGCGUAACAGCUGCCAAAGGACCUUUCAAAGAAGGUUGCGCGCAUCCGAAAACCUGCAAAGAUACAAAGUACAGCUGCUGCCCUGACGGGAUUUCCAUGGCAAAGGGACCAUAUUUGUUUGGCUGCAAGUUGCCUGACUGCCAGAAGACCCUAUAUGGCUGCUGCAAGGACAAUGUUACCGCGGCCACGGGCAAUGACUUUGAAGGCUGCGAAGACGAACUGUCUUGCGAAAAAACCAAAUUUGGCUGUUGUGAUGAUGGCUUCACUAAAGCCAUCACUGAAGACAAAAGAAAUUGCGUGCCUUGCAAUAAAACCAAAUUCGGAUGCUGUGCUGACGGAAAGAGGCCAGCUAGGGAUGAAAAGAAGAGAAAGGGAUGCAGAGUCAAUUGCCACAAGACUGAGUUCGGUUGCUGUCCGAACAACAAAACUGUCGCUAAAGGACUCGAUUUUCAUGGCUGUGGAGUCAUCAACGAGAAGAACUGCUCCGCGUCGUAUUUCAAAUGCUGUCCAGACGGUGUUAGCCCGGCACUCGGCCCCAAGUUCAAAGGUUGCCAGUCAGCUUGCCAGCAGUCCAAGUUCGGAUGCUGUCAAGACGUGCUCACCCCUGCACACGGACCGAACGAGGAGGGUUGCUGUAUUAACUCCCAAUAUGGUUGUUGUCCCGACAACAUUCUUCCGGCGGGAGGCCCGAGUCUGCAGGGCUGUGAUUGCACACAGUCCAAAUUCGGCUGCUGUCCAAACGGCGUUGAUUAUGCUAAGGGAACCAACAAAGAGGGCUGUGGCUGCAGAUACGCUGAACACGGCUGCUGCCCUGAUGGAUUCUCUGAAGCAGAAGGCCCAGACUUCAAAGGCUGCCCAUGCCAUAGCUUCCAGUUCGGUUGCUGUCCAGACGGAAAAACCGUGGCUAAGGGACCGGCUAACGCGGGCUGCGCGUGCAAAGACACCGAAUUCGGCUGCUGUCCAGAUAACGUCACGUCAGCUCAGGGCGAGAACUAUGAGGGAUGUGGUUGCGCGGCUACCGAAUUUGGAUGCUGCCUUGAUGGGGUCAGUGAAGCCAAAGGCGAGAAGUUUGAAGAGUGUGCCGACGCACCGAAAUUCUCUGGAGAGGCGUGUGCUUUGCCAAAGGAAAAGGGCGAUUGCCGAAACUUCUCUAUCAAAUGGUACUUCGACGCUGAAUACGGCGGAUGCACCAGAUUUUGGUACGGCGGUUGCGAUGGAAACAACAAUAGAUUCGAAUCUCUGGAGGAGUGUAAAAACUCUUGCGUCAUGCCCGAAGGCAAAGACGCAUGCUUCCUCCCAAAAAUCCACGGACCGUGCGAGGGCUACCACCCGACCUGGUACUACGACAGCGAGAGGAAGCACUGCACCCAGUUCAUUUACGGCGGCUGUCUGGGCAACAACAACCGCUUCCAAACCAGAGAGGAGUGCCAGCAACUGUGCGCCCACCAGGAACUCAAAGACAAGUGUGCUCAGCCAGUGUCUGAGGGUCCUUGCAACGGAAAUUUCGAACGUUGGUACUUUGACAGCGACGACUCAACUUGCAAGAGAUUCAGAUACGGCGGGUGCAAAGGCAACCAGAACAACUUCCUCACCGAGGCUGCCUGCCAACAACAGUGCGUCGCUCCUGCUUCAUUCAGAGCUUCGAAUAGGUGCGCGCUUCCGAAAGACAAGGGUCCUUGCAAAGGGUCGAUGCUGCAGUGGUACUUCGACGCAAAAGCCGCAGAGUGCAAGGUUUUCAGCUUUGGUGGCUGCCUGGGCAAUGCCAACAGGUUCCAGUCGCACACCGAGUGCGCCACCACCUGCCACACUCGAGAUGUAUGCAAUGAGCCCGUGUCUGCCGACGAAAGUUGUGCCGUUGAUCAAAAGCUAGCACGCUGGAGGUUUGACGUGCGAGAAAACCGCUGCUUGCCCUUCUACUCCAAGGGCUGUGACGUGAGCAGCAGAAACACUUUCGUAAGCGAACCUGAGUGCGAAGACAGGUGCCCCAAAGAGAUUGAAGAGGACAUUUGCCGUCUGGCGCCAAAGGCCGGUAACUGCAGAGAUUACGUUAGUCGGUGGUACUACAACGUUGAACAGAAACGCUGUCUCCAGUUCUACUACGGGGGUUGUGAGGGCAACGCGAAUAAUUUCGAAAACGAGGAUGAUUGUACCAAGAGGUGCACGAUGGAAGAGGAGCCCUCAGAGCCGUUCAGACAGGAAUUCUGUUUGCAGCCACCUGAGGAAGGCCAAUGCAAAAAAUACGUCAAUCGGUGGUAUUACGACCGAAACGAAGGUUUCUGCAAAGAGUUCAACUACGGCGGCUGUGAAGGGAACCAGAACAGGUACAGAAGCAAGCAGGAGUGCGAGCAGAAGUGUGGAAAUGUGCAAGAUCCGUGCAGCCUGCCCAGAGUAUCGAGGGCGUGCGAACACAGCGUUAUUCAGUACUACUACUCUUCGCACACUGACUCUUGCCACGCCACUAGUCGCGGCGAGUGCAUAUUGAACACAAACAGGUUCAACUCGAAGGAGAACUGUGAGGCAAAAUGCCGAAGAGGGCCUGCACCACCGACCCAACCACCUGAACCACCCAAGCCAAAAGAAGACGAGUGCAGAGUGCUGCCGGAACCUGGUGACUGCAGUGAGCAACAUGAAAAAUGGUUCUUUGAUGUUCGACGCAACGAUUGCUUGCGGUUCAUCUACUCAGGUUGCGGAGGCAACACCAACCGCUUCCAAACGAGGGAGGAAUGUCUGGGAACAUGUGCGCAAGACCGAGAAUUUUGCAAAAUGCCCGCGGACAAGGGCGGUUGCACUGACUCAUACCAGCGUUUCUACUUUGACUACUAUUCUGGCGAGUGCAAGCCGUUCACAUACACUGGUUGCGGCGGCAACCGUAACCAUUUCGAGGACGUGGGCACUUGCUUCUAUUACUGCGGCAGCGUAAGGUCGCCGCCGGUGGUGGAAAUACCGCCGCCGGUUACGGCUGGGCCAGAACCACAAACUACACCAACUAGUGGGCCUAUUGGCUGCAGGGAUCGUAGCUAUGAAUGUGGCUAUUUCCGUCAGCACUGUACACAUGGAGUUGAGGAGUAUAUCGACAGUGAAACGUGCACUCGAUGCCGUUGCCACGAACCCUGCCAGUCUACCGUUUGCCCCGAGAAAACUAAGUGCGUGGUUGAGACCAUCGUUGCUCACGACCAGUCUCGCCACUUUAGGCCCGUCUGCAGGCAACUCGAGAAGCCAGGAGUGUGUCCUCCAGUAGAGGAGGCUGACAAUUGCACACAUACCUGCAGAGAGGACGCAGACUGCGGUGGCGGAGACAAGUGCUGUUACAACGGUUGCGCCUACCAAUGCCUCAACCCGAACGCUGUUGACGUAACACCACCGCCCGUGAGGCCGACACAAGCGCCUGUACCUACGCUGCGAACUCCGCCAGAGUACCCUAAAUAUGAGGCACCGCAGAUUAGUCUUCCCGAGCCAAACGUCAGCGUGCCUGAAGGUGGUGAGUGCACUUUGAAGUGCUCGACGAGAGGAAAUCCAACUCCAACGCUGACGUGGAGGAAAGACAGAAUUAUCGACGGCUCUUACGGCAGACACCGUCUCCUGUCCGACGGUUCGUUACAGCUGAUCGGCGUGACGCGGGACGACUCGGGCCUGUACGCGUGCAGCGCAGAGAACGGCGUUGGCAAGCCAGUCACCCGGGAAAUCCGCGUUGAGGUCACAGAUGGCAGAACUAACCAGGCCGUGAUUGUCAACAAGGAGCCCGUGGUGCGGGUCAACAUCAACACGCCGGCCGUGCUCUACUGCUACGCCAUGGGCUGGCCGCGACCUACGAUUACGUGGUGGCGCAGCAGCUCCAUACUGCCAAUGGCAAGCAAGAAGUACGAGCAGCGCCGCGACUUCGCGCUCGUCAUCGCCUCCGUCACCUACGAAGACCUCGGCGCCUACACGUGCCAGGCGUACAACGGCCUCGGCAGGGCCAACUCGUGGACCAUCACACUACAGGGGUACAAGCCACCCGGCUCCGUCUUCUCAGGCUCUGAGACGUACUACCAGUUCCUGGUCGAACCUGAAGUUGUCCGGCCGCCCCCCGUGCGGCCCCGUAUCCCAUUGCCUUCACCCGAACCCACUCAAAUAAUCACAGUGCCAGUCAGAGUUAACAUUUCGUCGCCUCAAACAACCUAUUCCACCGGUUCAAGUUUGUCUAUCAUAUGCGAAGUGGACGGAUAUCCGAUUCCCAGAGUCUAUUGGUUUAAAGACAACACGCGACUUGAGCCCUCUGAUAGAGUGAUAUUUUCAGAAGGAAAUCGUUUGACAAUCGAGCAAGUCCAAAGCAUAGACGGCGGCACUUACAAGUGCGAGGCCGCCAACGACGCGGGGAGAGACAGUGCGACCAUCUCCAUUCAAAUACGUGACGACUCGCUACAAAUUCACCCGAACUGCACGGACAGUCCAUUUUACGCACAGUGCAAGCUUAUCGUCAAGGGCAAAUACUGCACGCACAGGUACUACGCCCGCUUCUGCUGCCGCUCGUGUACCGAAGCUGGUCAACUGCCACUCGACGGUGCUCACCUGUACGGCGGCUCCUCCCGAAAAUAAUUACUGCACGCUACUAGUCUUUGCACUACCGAGAGCCUAAAUAUUUAUUGAUUCGCAACGUACACACAGAGACAGUGAAAUGAAAUUAGCAGUGCAGUGCUGUUCGAACGCAGAAUUUAACUAUUGUAAACGCAGCUCCGAGUCGUCUUUGCGCCGAUGCGAUCAGAGCAGAAACGAUUAAAAUGUGUUCAACCUAUGCCGAUUAGCGGAAAACAUCUUUUCUGGGUGCUGAUAAUAUAUUGCAAAGUAAAAUUUAACUGAAAUAAUAACAAGUUGAUUAUUGCUUUCUCUGAACACACACCAGUCUUUAAGCUGCCAUUUAAACUCUAGAUUUCUUGCUUAGGUUACGAUGAGUACAUAGUUUUAGUGCUGCAGGUGGAUAAUAUGAUGAUUGUCGGUUGGACGACCAAUGAGUGCCUUUUGUGCAGUGAUAGUAGUAUUUUUUAGCGCAAGUUACCUUCCAACUCCUCCUCAUAUUGAGUCUGCAUAACUGGUGUUGACAAUCAUUUAUUUCUCGGCAUAAAAUCAAUUAAAUUUUAUAUUUCUCUCCCGCACCCAGGAAAAAGCUAUUUUUAUCUCCUGUUAAAUUUACCUUCGCCUUAAGAAAUUUUUGAUGAAAAGUGAAUAUAAAACUGCUUCGAAUUGUGCCUUGAUUUUGGAAUCUGUUUUAUUUUGUUGUAUGAAAAUAUUCCUAACAAAUAAAAAUAAUUUUAAAUUAA